UGUUUUAACUGUUGUUACCUGUGUCUUUAUCUUUGAAAAUUACUAAAAAUGAAUCACUUGAAUAAUAUUGUGAAAAUUACUGUAAUCUUUUUGAUACAAUUUCAUUGUUGCUUCAACGUCGCUCCAAAUAUCGACAAAAAAAAAAUUGCUCUACUAGUAGGACGAGAAGCUCGUUUUUCUUGUGUAUCAGAAAUACAAGUUCAUCCAGAGACAUGUAGAUACAGGAUUGUCGGAAAAGAUAUUCAAGUUAACACUCUAAAAGAGUGUAAAUUGACCUUCAACUGUAACAACACUGUUUUUGUUGUCGAGUGUUGUUUUCAAGCUCCAAUGGAUGAAGAUAUCGGAUUUUCACGUCAACCAUCUAAUCCAUCAACAUCAUCAUUCAACGAGCAAUUGGAAAUCAAAAGUCAAAAUAUAAGUGAUGCCUCAAUUUUCAAGGGAAUUUAUAAUUUCAAUACUGAUUGGUUUGAUUUUAAAGCUGACAAAGCUUUAAAAAUAAUGUUACUUUUGCUGUUAAUUCUAUUGACGGUAAUAAUCUUCAGUAUUGUUCCUUGCAAAUUAUGGUUUAUUGUAAAAUUGAUGAGACAAAAAACUUACAAGACAAUUGAUGAUGAUGGACGAAAACAACCAAAAUUGAAGCAGAUGAAAAAACUGGAGACUAAUUUGAUAAAUCUGGAGAGUGAAAAAUCUGAAAAUGGGAAUACUGAUGAAUUUGAUCCAGUAAUUGAUGUACCGCUGCAAGUCUGAAUUCAUCUUUUUUCAGCUCAUUUCAUCAUUAAUCAUUCAUUUGUUUCAGUCGACUGUAUUUUGACACAAGAGUUACUUAUCUUUUUCAUUUUCAAAACUAAUAAUUUCAUCAUCAGCAUCAAUCUCUGAUUCCGAUUCAGAGGCAUCUUCAUAUGAAAGCUGGAUGUUUUUCAGUAUCUGUUUUUGCUCAACAACACUUUCCAUGAUUUUAACCGUCAUGAUGUUACAAUCUUUUAGACUUUUCUUAUUUUCUUCAAUGUCACAUGCUAAACGCGAUGUAAUUUUCAAAACAUUUCUCACUAACUCGGUCAAUUCCAAAAAUUUGCGAUCCAUACGAACUGAUAAACCACUUCGAUGUUUGCCUCCUUUCACUUCUCUUUUCAUGUGAUUGAUAUCCUUUCCAGGUCGUUGUUGUUGUUGGUUUUUAGGAUUGUUUUGUAUGUUUGAAUUGGAUGAGGAAGCA